UCCAGACCCUGCUCAUUUCUUAAUCUCUCUACUCUGUACAAAAUAACAAACAAACGAACGAACUCUCUUCUCAGCUAAACUAAAGCGAACUGCUACUUUUGCAGUUAAACAAUAAACCUCCGAAUCUUCGAAACCUACAACUCUUUCAACACAUCAAAUUAGUCAACCCAAUCACUUAACUUGACUCCCCAUGUUUUGACCUUCUUCUAAAGAAAAAGAACAGAAGAACCCACCCACCAUCAUCCAUUAUCAUUAUUCACAGAUGAAAAAGCUCAAAAAAGACAUCGAAAACAGAGACCCAAAUCCAAACAUGACAAACCCUUUUGAUAUUUUCACCGAUGAGAUCGUAUACGCCAUUCUCGACCACCUUCACGGAGACCCUUUUUCCAAAAGAUCCUUCUCCUCAGUCUGCAAGUCCUUCUACUUCAUCGAGUCUCGCCACCGCAGAGCCCUGAAGCCACUCCGCUCCGACCUCCUUCCCAGGACUUUUCGCCGCUACUCUUCGAUUUCCCACCUCGACCUCUCGCUCUGUUCACUCGUCGACGACAACAAUCUCGCCGCCGUUUCCGUGGCCUGGAAAUCCACCCUCCGCUCCAUAAAUCUUUCCCGGUCUAGAGCUUUUUCCAGCAUUGGGUUGUUGACUCUGGUCAAUAACUGUUCGGGAUUGGUCGAAAUUGAUUUGUCUAACGGGACAGAACUCACUGACUCUGCCGCCAAGGCUAUCGCCGAGGCCCGGAAUCUGGAGAUUCUCCGGUUGUCUAGAUGUAAAUCAAUUACGGAUAUUGGGAUUGGGUGUAUUGCCGUUGGGUGUAAAAAGCUAAAGACCCUUUGUCUUAGAUGGUGCUUAAGGAUUACUGAUUUGGGGGUUGGUUUAAUAGCUAUGAAGUGCAAAGAAAUUCAGAGUUUGGAUCUCUCUUACUUACCGAUUACUGAAAAAUGCCUUUCACAUAUCCUGCAACUGCAACAUUUGGAGGAUUUGAUUCUUGAAGGCUGUCAUGGGAUUGAUGACAAUGGCCUUUCUACACUCAACCAUACUUGCAAGUCAAUAAAAAUGAUUAACAUGUCAAACUGUCAGAGUCUCAGUUACAUUGGUUUAUCCUCUCUGACUAACGGCGCUAAUUCUUUAGAGCAGCUUAUCUUAGCAAAUGGCCCUUCUGUCACGGCUGAUCUUGCAAAAUGCCUAAGUCAAUUUUCCAGUUUGCGAUCAAUUAAACUAGAUGGUUGCUUGGUUACAUGUUCUGGUAUAAAUUCUAUAGCAAAUUGGAGUGCCUCUCUAGUUGAACUCAGCUUCAGUAAGUGCUCGGGACUUACUGAUGAGUGUCUCUGCUUCCUGGCAGAAAGACAUAAAGAGUUGAGAAAGUUAGACAUCACUUGCUGCCGAAAGAUAACUAUUGCCUCCAUUGAAGGCAUAACAAAAUCAUGUACUUCCCUUACCUCCCUGAGAAUGGAAUCUUGCAGUCUGGUUUCGAAAGAAGCCUUUGUUUUGAUUGGACAACAUUGCCAAAUGUUGGAGGAUCUCGAUGUCACAGAUAAUGAGAUGGAUGAUGAAGGUUUGAAGGCCAUCUCAAGAUGUUCUAGACUUCAGAGUCUAAAGCUUGGAAUCUGCUUAAACAUGACUGAUGAGGGACUUAUCCAUGUUGGGAGAGGUUGUUCAAAACUCAAAGAGCUCGAUCUUUACAGGUGUGCUGGAGUUACUGACAGGGGCAUUGAAGCUAUAGGCCAUGGCUGCCCUGCUCUGGAGAUGAUUAAUAUUGCUUAUAACAGCAAAAUCACAGACACAUCCUUGAUAUCCUUGUCGAAAUGUUCAAGUCUAAAGGUGCUCGAAAUUCGAGGAUGUCCCCACAUCUCCUCAGUUGGUCUAUCAUCGAUCGCCAUGGAAUGCAGGCAACUUUCAGAGCUGGACAUAAAGAAAUGCUUUAACAUCAAUGAUAACGCAAUGCACCCACUUGGUAAAUUUUCACAGAACCUGCAACAGAUCAACUUGUCAUACUGUUCAGUCACAGACGCUGGCCUGUUAUCAGUUACCAGGAUCAACAGGCUCCGAAACAUGACAAUCUUGCAUUUGUCUGGAUUGACACCGAAUGGCCUUGCUGCCGCUCUCUUGACAUGUGGAGGCUUAACAAAGGUGAAACUUCAUUCAUCCUUUAAACCGUUACUUCCUCAAUACAUCUACAAGUACAUGGAGUCACGUGGCUGCGUGUUUCAUUGGCGUAACAAAGCAUUUCAGGUUCUUAGUUACUCUACCUUCCAAUACUUUUAUGCUAUGCUGCCAAAUUCGUUUCGGCAAAAAGACUAAAUCAUCUUAUAUUUAUGUUUUUCAGGAGGAAAUCGAUCCUAAGGGAUGGCAACUCCAUUUGGGAAGACCUUCAUAAUUAAGGAAGAAAACCAGAGACAUUGUGUUGGGUCAGAACAGUAUGUACACCUGAGUGCAUAUUUAGCCACAUUUUUCUUAUCUGUUUUACUUGAGCACAGAAAUUGGUCUUUGUUCAUUACCUUGUGAUACAUUUGACUUGAAAUAUAGUCAAUAAUACAAGCAAGAGAUAGUCUCUCUGGCCUAAUAUUUAUGGUAAAGACCCCAUCUGUCUGUAUGAGGAAUUUGGCCAAAGUCAGAGAUGGAUCUAACUCUACUGCUCCCUUUUUUGUUUUUUCUUCCUUCAAAUGUAUUAUAUAAUGGUAAUGCUAUUCAAUUUUUUUAUCUCUACAAA